AUGGCAGCUGGCGCCCAGGGAGAGACGCCGAGCCUUAGCGAACACGAGAGUCCAAUCGAGAACCACAGACAAAACCUCCGUCCGGACUGGAAGCUCAAACGUCCGCUUCCCGAGCUGGAGCGACUCGUUCCCGGCGCCUUCGGAGCCAUCAUGGCUGACAGCCCGCCCUCCCACUUCAACUGGAUUGGACGUUUAGCACAGUCAGUUGCAGUCACUGAUACUGUCACUUACAUUGUGUUUGCACUCUGCUCAGAGGUGCCCGGUUCACCGCAGGUGGUGGAAGAUGGCGGUGAGGAGGAUGAGGAGGAGCUGAGCGGUGGCGAGGAGGCCGACCUGCGCUCCAGUACGGGCCGGGGCUCACUGCUCACACGGCGAGGCAUCACGCUACGGGUGCUUCUCAAAGAUGGCUUAGUGGAGCCUGGCGAUGGCGUGCUGGCUAUCCACUACCUGGGUAAGAACUUCAUCGGGGACCUGCUAAACGACGGCAAAAUCCGCUGGGUGGAGACGGGUCAGAUCUUCAACUCACCUAGCGCUUGGGCCACCCACUGCAAGCGUCUGGUCAACCCAGCCAAAAAGUCUGGAUGCGGCUGGGCGUCUGUACGCUACCACGGGCAGAAGCUGGCCCAGUACAAGACGACCUGGCUGCAUAAGUACCAACCCAGUGCAGAUAUGAGCCUCGUGAGUGAAGAUGACGAUGACGAGGAUGAAGAGGAAGGAAAAUCCACCAUGCAAGCUGAAGAGAAGAACAGAAACAACAAACCUGGUGGAUUACACGAUGCUUUAGCUCCAAGGAGAACGGACCGAGAAAGAAUCCCGGUCAGAUAUUGCACUCUUGGUACUAGGGACGCUUCCAGAGACCCUCACACGCUGGUGGAACUGUCGGCCUUCUCGGCCAUUAACAGGUUCCAGCCGUUCAACGUGGCAGUGUCUAGUAAUGUCCUGCUGCUCAUGGACUUCCAUUGUCACUUGACCACCAGUGAGGUGGUUGGAUACCUCGGAGGACGUUGGGACACAAAUACACAAUUGCUGACAGUCUUACGGGCGUUUCCAUGUCGAACGAGACUGGCAGACAAAGACGCUGCUUCUGCUGUCGAGGAGGAGAUUUGCCAGAACUUGUUCAUGCGCGGAUUGUCGUUGGUGGGCUGGUACCACAGUCACCCGCGAGGGCCGGCCCUGCCAUCUCUGCAGGACAUUGAUUCGCAGAUGGACCACCAACUGAGGCUGCAGGGUUCCAACAAUGGCUUCCAACCAUGUUUAGGAGUCAUCUGCGGACCGUACUAUCACGGUAAUCAAGGCGUGGCCUCCACGAUCACGCCGUUCUGGGUUGUUCCGCCACCCGAGCAAAGGCCAAACGAUUACGGCAUCCCCGUGGCUGUGGAGGUCACCUACGUCCAAGACAACUUCCUCACCAGCGACGUCCUCAACGAGAUGGUUCUGUUAGUGGAUUUUUACAAGUCCGCCCCUGAUCUCGUCCAUUUUAACCAGUACUGGUGUCCGGACACCACCAUGAUGGACAAGAUUAAGGGCUCGUUGAGUUGCCACGCCCCUAAGGACCAAGCGUACUCGCAGAUUUUGGAGCACGUCUACAGCCAGCUGAGUGGCGUGCAGUGA